AUGCCUCCACCUUUGCUACCGCAAGGGCCAGGCCAUGGCUCUGCUGUGGACAUGUCCACCUUGGACGUCAUGUUGGAAAACUUGGAGAGAGCAGUGGCUGCUAAACCAGCCCCGCCAGCCCAGACCGAGAGGCAAGAUUCAUUCAACACCUUACUUGUAAGGUUUGAGGAAAUUGCCAGUAACCUCUCCAUGCUAGAGAAAAAAGUAGAAGGCCUGGCCUCAGCCCCUGGCCCCACUCCAGGUGCUGUCCCAGCGCUUCCGCCUAAGCCGACACCUCUCUACUCAGAGAAGGCCGCCGGAGCAAGAAGGGCGGGGGUGUUGACCAACGCCCCCAUCUCCUUACCCCCAGUACCAUCCUCCACCCACAUCAAUCGGUUCAAACUUGGCCAAGUCGUCAUUUGA